AUAUGUAGCUGGUAUCUACCUUCUGGUAAAAUCCGAUUAUGUAGACAGAAGGACACGAGUUUUGUCGUCGACCACGGCCAUCUUGCUUCACUUUAACGGAAUACUCGCCAUUCCUGUUAUUUACGGUCGAAAUGGUCUGAUGUACAGGGAUGAAGAUUAUGCUUCCUGAAGUGGAGGUCACCUCACCUGCCGACGGCCAGCCUGAAGAAAACGACACGGAGUGAAAAUGGAGUGUAAAACCUGCAAGAAAGAUUUACUAAUCCCUUUUGCUCGUCAGCAGACGUACCUAAGGAACAUCCUACAGAAGUUUAAAGAAAUGGUCGAUCCACUAACUGAUGACAUUGUCGAUAUUCUUAUAACGAAGGGGGUUCUUAAAAUAGGAGCUAAUCAAGAAUUCACUGAGUCCGCGUGUCCUGUCCAGCAAGAACGGGCCCGACGCCUGUGGCAGCUUCUUUUAUACGUUCCACCCAGCAAGUUCUUCAACAUUGUUGUGCCUCUGCUAGAAAGAUUCCGCUCCACGUUUAAAACUAUUGGGGCCAGCAUGAGCGAAAUUCAUGAGAUGUGCUUUCGAUGUGUGGUCGUGGCUGUUAUUCCCCUGGAAGACAUUGCUGAUGAACUGUGUGAAAACAAUUUUUUAAAGCUUCCUGCUUACAAAGAUCUUCAUGACAAAAACGUCCUGCUGACGGAUCGAUGGCAGAAGUUUUUCAGAAUGAUUAGCACCACAGAACAAAUUGAAGUCUUGGAAGUCUUUAGACGGCACCUUGAAAAACAUGAAAUCCCAGAACCAGAGGAUCUGAAACAGCAUCUUAAACAGAGCACCCUGUGUUUGUGCCAAGAAAAGCCUCAGCGAUCAAAAUGGAGCUGCAGUGACUGCACAGAAGAGCCAAUGGAGGUGAAUGCAGCAUCAGGAGGUGUUGAUGAGGAUAUGAGCGAAUAUUUUGCCGACUGUUUACCAGCAUUGAGAGGCGUUCACAGCGACAGGGUUGACGGUGCAACGUGGGUGACAGACCAUAUAUACGAGAAUUGGCCCUUAACACCUCUGUCGCUCGACAUUGAAAUACCCUCUGAUUCCGACGACGACUUUCCGACCUAUCUGAGUCUCGAAAAUGACUCUGACAGCAGUGAAGACUUUGAUUAAUAAGUGUUAACUAUUAAUAAAAAAAUUAAGGACUGUGAUUAAUAAGUGUUAUCUCUUAAUAAAAAAAUUAAGGACUGUGAUUAAUAAAGAAACGAUUUAGUUUCAAAGACAGAAAUAGGAGUUCCCAGCAAAUAAAACAAUAAAUUUCUCUUACUCUAAACCACUUCAGUAACAUUUAUAGUUUGUGACUACCUGGGUUUAUACGCAGGAAUUUAACUAACCUUAAGAAAUCAUUUUCAGUGUUUUAACAUUACAAUGGUUCUAAUAGUUAAAAACGAUUAUCAUUUCUUGGUUGAAAGUGGGCUGGUAAGAUCAAAAUUCUAAAUGUUCAAAGCAAAAAUUUUGUGAAAUUUUAAAAAUAAUGUGCCAUUGCUGGCACACAUUAACCUAGCAAUGUUGACCUCCCACCUGAAUUGAAUCAAUUCCACCAUGACCAUAGCAUACCCCAAGGUCACUGAAUAUCAAAUCAACCCAGGCCCAAUGAAUUCAUGAGUAGCAACAUCCUUUUGAUGUCAUAAGAACAUCUGCAAGUACAUUUAAUACCAACCUCCUAACUCAAGACUAAAUGAAUACAAAGGCUUUUUCUAAUUGUCUGAAGAGAAAAAUUACAUGCACUCAUGUGAAAUUAUUAAUAUGUAAUCUCAAGUGGCCUCGUUGUUUUGUAGGAUGAUGAUUGAUUGUUCAAGCAAUGCUUGGCUCUGUUGACUAAUAGCUAUUUGUCUCAAUGAUGAUCAAUUUGUCUUUUAGAGCUGGGGUGAUGUAGGAUUUAUGUGGGACGAUGUAAAUGCAGCACCAAGACAGGAGGCCUAGCAGGCAGAGGCAAUAUGGUUCUGGGUUGAAAUGACCAGUGACCAUUUGAACAAGCAGUUUUGUUCAAAAAGUAAUUUAUUUUAUGCUAUUUCUGCUGAAAUCAUGUAAUAUAGAGCAAAUGGUUAGCCAGAAGCAAUUCAUUUUAAAGUGUACUUCAAAAUUUUUUGUCAAAAAGAAAAGUCGUAUUAGAGCACCAAUUGUCAGAUGUAUGUUGUGUUGAAGAGGUGGUCAUCAUAGAGAAGACAUUUAUAUAGCAAAAUACAU